UGACGUCACCCGUGGCCUGGAUCCCGAGGGCACUGGGACAAGGGUCCUUUGGAGCAGGUGGGAGGGAGUCCAGGUGGGCAUUGACCCGCUUGCGGCCUGGCACAGCCUCUGCCUCUGGGGCCACUGGUCAGCAGGCUCUGCUUCCUGUCCCUGCCCCCACCGUGGGUAUUUAAGGUCUGUGAGGAGCCCGCGGGGAGCUUCAGACGCCACCCUGGUGGUGGCACCAGACAGACCUCUCAGGCAGCCUGACCUCUGCGCCUUCCCCGCCACCCGCACUGUCCAUGGAUUUUGUUGCUGGAGCCAUCGGAGGUGUCUGCGGUGUUGCUGUGGGCUACCCCCUGGACACGGUGAAGGUCAGGAUUCAGACGGAGCCCAAGUACACGGGCAUCUGGGACUGCGUCCGGGACACGUAUCACCGGGAGCAGCUGCGGGGCUUCUACAGGGGCCUCUCGCUGCCCGUGUGCACUGUGUCCCUGGUCUCGUCCGUGUCCUUCGGCACCUACCGCCACUGCCUCGCGCACAUCUGCCGGGUCCGCUACGGCAGCGCCGACGCCAAGCCCGCCAAGACCGACAUCACGCUCUCGGGGUUUGCCUCCGGCCUCAUCCGCGUGUUCCUGACCUCGCCCACUGAGGUGGCCAAGGUCCGCCUGCAGACGCAGACGCAGGUGCAGCAGCGGCGGCGUCCUUCAGCCACGCCCCCCACGUGCCCCGUGCCCCCCGCGGGUCUGCAGCCUGGGCCCAAGUACCGCGGGCCGCUGCACUGCCUGGCCACGGUGGCCCGAGAGGAGGGCCUGCGUGGCCUCUACAAGGGCAGCUCGGCCCUGCUCUUCCGGGAUGGGCACUCCUUCGCCACCUACUUCCUCUCGUAUGCCAUCCUCUGUGAGUGGCUGACUCCCGCCGGCCACAGCCGGCCAGAUGUCUCGGGCGUGCUGGUGGCCGGUGGCUGCGCGGGGGCGCUGGCCUGGGCCGUGGCCACCCCCAUGGACGUGAUCAAGGCGCGCCUGCAGGCAGACGGCCGGGGCGGCUGUCGCUACCGGGGCCUCCUGCACUGCGUGCUGACCAGCGUGCGGGAGGAGGGGCCGCGCGUGCUCUUCAAGGGGCUGCUGCUCAACUGCUGCCGCGCCUUCCCCGUCAACAUGGUGGUGUUCGUGGCCUACGAGGCCGUGCUGAGGCUCACGCAGGGCCUGCUCACGUAGCUGGCGCCCCCCACCCACCCCGGGCGGGGGGCGCCAACCUGCCAAGAGCUCCCAGGGGGGCUGCAAGGAGCUAGAGGAGGCGGAGGGGGGUGCGAGGGUCUGGACCCAGGGGGCUACUAUCCCCCGGCCUGGCCAGGGCCUGCCCGCCCGGCGACAGACCACGAGGGGAGGUGGGGGCCCUGCCUGCCGCUGGCUCGGUUGACCUGAGGGUCAGAGUCAGGGAGGCGCGGUGGGCCCCGGGGAUGAGGAUGUGUUGGCCCAGGGCCGUCUGCGCAUUUGGUUGGUGGGUCCAUCCCUGGCUUCCCUUUCAGCCUUCACCGCCGCCCCGUGUCCUCAGGGCACCCCUGCGUCCAGCUGACACCCCCUCCU